CCUCUCUCCCGCAAUACAACCAGGACAAGAAAUAAACUAGUUGCAAGCCAACAACAAAAACAAAGUAGAGACGGUGCUAAUGGUUUGGUUGCAUUGGUGAAUUGUAGCGAUUCAGCGAGCGUUGCUUGCAGGUUGUUUGCUCCGCCCUCGGUUACCCCGGAAGCCGCGAUUCGAAUGUUGGCCCGCGAGAUUCGAAUGUUGCCCCGGGCCCGGGAACGUUCUGCGGCGAGAGCGAGCGGCGGCGGCGGCGCCAUGGUGUCGGAGCGCGGGCGCGGGAGCCGGGUUCCUGAUCUCCAAGAAAAAAUUGACUUUGAAACUCGGAUGCAGGAAGGAGCCUGCAAACUUCUUGCUGCUUCCACUCAGCGGGAUCAGGUGCUGCACGCUGCUAAAAGCCUGCUGACAUGCAAUGCCCGCCUCAUCCGUUACAGAGCCGAGUUACAGAAGCAUUCAGAGGAUCAGAUCCUGGCCAAAGUGUCAAGGAGGUCUUCAAAGGCUGAGACAAAGGAGCAUAUGCCGUGUUCUGGAAAAAUUGCAAUAUCUGAUAUCCGAAUUCCAUUAAUGUGGAAAGACACCGAUCACUUUAACGACCGAGGCAGGAGCCAGCGCUUUGCCGUCUUUUGCCUGCUGAAGGUUGAAUCCCAGAUUUUUGAGACAGAGAUGGUCAUCGUAGAUAAGGCUCUCACUGACAUCUGCUUUGAGGAUUUGAUAAUUUUCAAUGAUGUGAAGUCAAAUUUUGAGUUGAAGUUGGAGCUGUACAGCUGCUGCAUGGACGAAGUGUCCUCCAUUACCAACACUCCGAAGAGAUUAGCCAGAAAACUCAGUAGCUCUCUCACCAGGUCAAGUCGAAAGAAGCUCUUGACCGCACUGGAGAGUGGAGACCAUGGCUCCCUUCUGCUGACCAACCCAGUAGCAGCAGGUGCCAAAUAUCAUUUGCUUGCAGAAACCACAUUAAAUCUUGAUGAUGUCGAAACUGGCUUCCGAACUCACAGCCUCGCUAUCAUUGGAAAUGAAGAAGCUUCCUUCUGGCUACCCUUGUAUGGGCACGUAUGCAGUCGAUUAGUUGCUCAGCCCGAGUGCAUGACAAAGGAUAUGAUGGCUGGAUACCUGAAUCAACAGCAAAAUGUAGGCGGCCUCCCCAACUGGACAAGGUUGUACUGUGUCCUGAAGCGAGGCUACCUCACAGCGUAUUACUCUCCAGAAGAAAUCGAGGCACAAAUGGAUCCUGCACUAAACAUCGCCAUUGAUAAGGAGACCAGAAUCCGGACCCUGGAGAAAGAUUUGAAGAAAAGAACAUGCAGUUUUUCCCUUAUCAACCCCUACAGCGGGGAGACAACCAGCCGUGUGUUUGCUGCAGAUUCUGAGGGCGAUCUACAACUGUGGAUGGAGGCAUUCUGGCAGCACUUCUGUGAUUUGAGCCAGUGGAAGCAUUGUUGCAAAGAGCUUAUGAAAAUUGAGAUUAUGUCACCACGGAAACCACCUUUAUUCCUCACAAAACAAGCAACUUCAGUCUACCAUGAUAUGAACAUAGAGUCUCCAGUGAAGGACGAGGGUCUAAUGGACAUUAUCCGGGGCAAAAUCCAGGAGACGGAAGGGGAGUUCCUGCUCGGUCACGGAGAGGAGGCUCAUCCCCCACGAUGGGCAUCUCUCUUUGAGGGCAGUCACGAGGUGGUCUUCCAGAAGAGCAGACUGUCACCGCACGGUCCAAGCCCUCUGACCCCGACGUCUCCAGGGAGGGCCAAGAAGCGGCCCGCCCCUCCUCCGCCAGCGGGAAAGCAGCCGUACCGGUUGAGAAAUUCCGACCCAGAUCAGACCCGGAAAACCCCACCAUCUUCCGGCAGCGAGUCCAAACUGCGCCGUCCCCCUCCGUUGCCCCCCCUGUUGUCGGAGCUGCACAGUGCGAUCCCAGGUGAGGACGUCGUCCAGGCAACAGCCACCUUGCCGCCCGCCAGGCCGGUGCCCAUCCCCCGUCAGAAGUCCUCCCUCGGGGCCAAGCUUGAUCCCAGAACCCGGAUUCCAUCAGAAGUAUAGGUCGUCUUUGAGGUGGACACACGUACAUAGAAACUACGAAGAAUGUCAAUUGUUCUUCAGUUUGAACAUUGUUUGUUUUGAAUUUCCUGUAUCCACCUAAAUGUUUUGCAUUAAUUUGUCACUUAUACAGACCAGCCUCAAUUAUUGGUUCAUUCCUUGAAUAUUUCUCUCAGAAUCCCAAGUCCUAUAAUGUUUGGGACAAAGACCCGUCAUUUAUUUAUUUGCCUCUGUACUCCACUAUUUGAGAUUUGUAAUAGAAAAAAAAUCACAUGUAGU